UGAACGCAAACGAGACGAUUACAAAGCAAUGUUGCAAACGUGGCGCAAGUGCAUUCUCUCGCUUCCUAUUGUUUUUGAUGAGUCUGGAUAAAUAUUGCGGUUGUUUGCCGGUGCUUUGUCUGAAAUUUAACAAGACUGAGCAUAUUUUCAGUCAUCAUAUUAGGGCAUCGAGAUGGCCCGCAGGUAUGACUCAAGAACCACCAUAUUCUCUCCAGAAGGGAGACUGUAUCAAGUUGAAUAUGCAAUGGAAGCCAUCGGCCACGCCGGUACAUGCUUGGGAAUCAGAACCCCUGAUGGAAUAGUUCUAGCAGCUGAGAAGCGUAACAUGAAUAAGCUUCUUGAUGAGGUUGACUUCUCAGAGAAAAUCUAUAAACUCCAUGAGAACAUGGCAUGCAGUGUUGCUGGCAUCACCUCAGAUGCAAAUGUUUUGACGAACGAGCUGCGCCUGAUCUCGCAGAGGUAUCUUCUUCAAUAUGGAGAGCCAAUUCCUUGUGAGCAGUUGGUCACUAUGCUCUGUGAUCUCAAGCAGGCAUACACCCAGUUUGGAGGGAAAAGGCCAUUUGGUGUGUCCAUCCUGUACAUUGGUUGGGACAAGCACUAUGGAUAUCAGCUGUACCAGUCUGACCCGAGUGGAAACUACAGUGGAUGGAAGGCGACAUGCAUUGGAAGUAACAGUGCUGCUGCAGUUUCUAUCCUCAAACAGGAUUACAAGGAAGACAUGGAGAUAAAAGCUGCAAUCAUGCUGGCCAUGAAGGUGAUGAGCAAAACUCUGGAUGUCACCAAGCUGGCUGCUGACAAGAUCGAGCUCGCUGUUCUGUCUCGGGGGCAGGGCAAGACCAGUCUGAGGAUCCUGCCAGAGAAAGAGGUGACAGGGUACAUCACCCUACAUGAAAAGGAGGAGGCAAAGGCAGAAGAGGAGAAGAAGAAGGAGAAGGAUGGUAAAGCAUCUUCAUCAAAGUGAGUGGCCUGAGGUGUCAAAAGAACAAUGACUGAAGCUUUUGACCUGUGUUGGAGAUCAUACAUUCACAGGAUUACUUGUCAUGUCCAAUACUGCGAAAUACACUUGGAUUGUGGUCUGUUA